CCCUUCCCGCCCUUGAGCCGCUUACUUUUUUCCACCGGCGCCCGCGCACGUAUAAAUACGCUACGCGGCGAAAUGAGAGCAAUCAGUAGCCCUCGAGCAGUCUACCACAGAAGUGCACGAUGAGAUUUCUGGUUGUUGCCGCUGUCCUCGCCUGCGCCAACGCAGCGCCCUCGGGCCUGCUGGCUGGUCCCUACGGUCAUGGUCUGAUCGGCCAUGGCGCGCCUCUGGCUUACAGCCAUGGCGCGCCUCUGGCUUACGGCCAUGCUGCCCCCUUGGCUGUAGCGCACGCCGCGCCUUUGGCCGUGGCUCACGCCGCCGUCCCCACCAUCUCCCCCGGUGACAUCCAAGGCGCCGCCAUCGACGCUCAUGUUGAAGCCGCCGACCACGUCCGCGCCGCCGUUGAUGCCACCCAAGAAUACCAUGACCAGGCUGCUGAGCUCCACGGACAGGCCAUCAACGCCGCUGAGGACCACUCGUGGCAGGCUGUUGAUGCUGUGAAGACCCAUGAAGCUCAGAUUGAUGGUGCCACCGCCGGUGUUGCGCCCAUCCUCGCUAAGCAGCUGGCUGGUCACGCCGGAGUGUACGCUGCCGCCGCCCCCGCGCUCGCGCACGCCGCCUACGCCGCUCCCAUCGCGCACGCCGCCUACGCCGCUCCCAUCGCGCACGCCGCCUACGCCGCUCCCAUCGCGCACGGCGCUCCCCUCGCGCACGCUGGUAUCGCCCACGCCGGUAGCCACUCCGUGUCCUCCCAGUCCCUGCACCAGACCCACCCCGCCCCCCUCGUCCACGCUCCCGUGAUCGCUCACGCCGCCCCCGUCGCCUACGCCGCGCACGCCGGCUACGGCCACGCAGGCUACGGCCACGCCGGACUCGCCCACGGACUAGCGCACUGGUAAACUGUGAUAGUAUAUUUAAUACCAAAAAAUAUCUAAUACUCAAUUGUUUGGAAAUGUAAAUUAAUAAAAAAAACAGGCAAUAGAGGCGAGGAUGUGUGAAUAAAUGAAAUAGUAUUUUAUAAAAACA